AUGCAUUCGGCUAGACCAAUUCGGUCUGCAGAUAACCCUCUCAGAUCCCCGUCCCCCCCUGGCCCAAUUCCAAGCUUUGAUGUUGAGAAUACUGGUGCUUUGGUAGAUGGAGAUGCCCCACGUGAGUCCGUUUCGAUGCAUGGGAUGCGGGCAUCUGAUGCACGGGACACCAAGAGCUCAAACCCCCGUCCGCAUCUUGAUUCCAGACAAUAUUCGACCUCGCCGCAAUACGUGACCCCGUCUAAUUCCUACCAUGGUUCCCCACAAUCUACCUCUCCGUAUUCGGGUGGACGGGGCGGUUGGAAUGGGCAGCAGCCUCCUCACCCCGGACAGCCGCCGACUGGUCCACAGAGCCACUUUUAUCAAGGCCAAAGCCAAUUUCAUCCGUCUGCGAACCAUAUUCCCACAGGUCCUCGUGGAGGCCAUUCAGGCUAUCGCGGAAACUAUCAGAACCAAGGAGGCGGCCGUAGAUUCUCUGCUUCAGGCUCCCAAAAUUACAGCAAUGCACCUUCCCCGCGUGGCCGGGGUAAUUUUACCAGUUAUCAGUGGAGUGGUCCCGGAUCCCGGGGUCGGGGGCCUCAUAGCCCACAUACAUCACAUGGGCAGACGUCACAAACCCCUCCGCCUCCAACGGCUUCGGAAAAUGAGACAUCUAUUGGUCCUGUUCAGAGUAAUAUUGCUUUCAGGCUUGGUGGCCAAGAUCGCCCGGUAGGCGAGGAAAAGCCAGAGUCAGAGGUCGACGAUGCCCAGAAAAUGCUACCUACGAACAUAGGACAGUCUGAUACCUCUACGAACCCAAAUAAGGGAGGCAAAAUCAGUUUUGCUUUCAAGGCGAAGACAACUCCAGCCCCUGCUCCGAAACCCGUUCCGGAUCUGGCACAAAGGAUGCUGGCCCGAGAGCCACCUGCCCGGGUGGCCGAGCCUCCGCGUAAUCGGAUGGCGAGUGGUCCGCCUCCCAAAUUCAAGCCUGAGCCACGUUUUGAUCGUCGUGAGCGGGACCGUGAGAGAGAAAGAGACCGACAUCGUGAAAGAGAUCGCGACAGGGGGCGUAAUGACCGGCGCGAUUUCCGGGAUCCGCGCGGGUUCCGUGAUCCUAGGGAUAGGCGCGACGGUCGGAAGGAUGAUCAUCGUUUUGAUCAUCGCCAUGACAGGAGAAGAGGUGACCGACGACAGGAUUUCCGUCCUGAACGCCGCCGGGAUCGUUCUCCGGAACCCAAGAAACAACCUAAAAUUCUGACACGGCCGAAACCACGUCCCAUACUUCCUGAAGAAUUCGCUAAAUCGGAUUCUGUUUAUUACCGGAAACCUGGAAAUGAAUCUGUUAUUGGAGCUGGUACGUAUGGAAAGGUCUUCAAGGCAAUUCAUGUGUAUACCCAGAGAAAGGUGGCAUUGAAGAAGAUACGAAUGGAGGGCGAGAAAGAUGGUUUCCCUGUCACGGCUGUGCGCGAGAUCAAGUUGCUGCAACACCUCCGCAACGACAAUGUUGUGAGCUUGCUGGAAGUCAUGGUAGAGAGGAAUGAGUGCUUUAUGGUGUUUGAGUAUCUCUCCCAUGACCUUACUGGUCUCAUUAAUCACCCGACUUUCACACUUACGGCAGCUCAUAAAAAGGACCUGGCAAAGCAAAUGUUCGAAGGAUUGAGCUACCUUCAUCAUCGUGGAGUGCUGCAUCGCGACAUCAAGGCCGCCAAUAUUCUUAUCAGCAACCGUGGACAACUAAAAUACGCCGACUUCGGUUUGGCCAGAUUCUUCUCAAAAAGUCGACAACUUGAUUACACAAAUCGUGUUAUCACUAUAUGGUACCGACCGCCAGAGCUUCUCCUGGGUGAAACCAGGUACGGACCGGCAGUUGACGUUUGGAGUGCGGCUUGCGUAUACGUCGAAAUGUUCACAAAGAAAGCCGUUUUCCCCGGCGAGGGGGGCGAGAUCAGCCAAAUGGAGAAGCUCUAUAAUUGUCUCGGGACUCCGACACGAGCAGAAUGGCCAGACAUUGUUGAGAUGCCUUGGUUCGAGCUGAUGCGCCCGACUGAACGAAAGAGAAGGGUUUUUGAGGAGGUGUAUGGGCGGAUCCUAACCCCAGCGGCUCUGGACUUGGUUUCUCAAAUUUUCCGUUAUGACCCGACUGCACGGCCAACUGCUGAGGAGAUACUUGCACAUCCGUACUUUGCUUCGGAGGAGCCUAGGCCCCAACAAGCCAUUGAACUGGAGAACAUUGAGGGCGAUUGGCAUGAAUUUGAAUCCAAAGCACUCCGCAAAGAGAAGGACAGGGAAGCUCGCCGCGCUGAGUAUCAGAGAGACAAAGAGAAACGGAAGGCUGGUACUUCAGCUCCACCCAGCGAGAGAGAAACGAAACGUGCCAAGCAAGACGCCGAGGACUCGCAAUCUUCAGCACAGCCUACGGAACAAUAG